AACGAUCACGGCGCGUUCUGUGUCCGAGAUCUCGAUCGAGUCACGUUUCAUCCCCCUUCCUCCCGCUUAAUUCCCGCGUCCGUCUAGAACGAUGAACCGCGAGACGAUCCAGGUCCGCUACUCGAAAUCCGAUGAUGCCACUUGAAACUCCCGAAACAGGAGCCACGCGACACAGCGACAUUAGUAAACAAACGCAGGACAUACAUAAAUUACGAUGAACAGUUCGGGUAGGGAUCAGUGGACAUCCGGCACGUCGUCGUACCGAGUGCGUUUAUCCGCGGGAUCGCUGCAGGUGGACACCUGCGAUCGACGCGACCGUUAAGAUGUGACGGACAGACGAAAAGUUUGCUGAACGACGGCAAACGGGUAUCAGAGUGAAAUGCAGCGAGAUCUAGCCCGGGCCUGGCUUCCGACAUCAUGACGUAAACUGGUACCCAGAAAUCCCCCACAGCUUGUUGCCCUUGAUGGCUGCGAAGAACGAUCCAAGAUGAGUGUCCCGUGCCGUUGGUACGUGCUCGUUUUGGUCACGUGGUCGCCGGUUUUGGCUGACUUCGCUGACCAGGAGGCGCAGAUCGAGAGGCCUAAGGAACUGUUACGUCACCAGCAGAAUCACCUACCCUCGUUCAUCGAGCGUAGGCUGGUCGACAGACCGGAGAUGCAAGAGGCUACCGAGCUUUCUGUACACCUGGACGAUCGAUUACCCGAUGAAAACCAAUCGGAAAACCAGCCGUCUCGUCGAGGCAUACUGGAAACCAGUAUCGAGAGACCGAUCACGCAGAUCAGGCACAGUCGUUCCCGGAGCCACUUCGCUAGACAGGCUAAACUGGACGAGCCCGACUCUGAGGGGACGAACAAGGAUGAUCCGUUAGAGAAAGGGGGUGUUGUCAGGUCGGACAGGUCCGAAGGUCUGGUCAUUCUGGCGAAGGACCUCAGAUCGUCCGGCACUAUCGAUGAACGAUCUACGGUGGACCUGGACAAAUUGCUCACCAGGUUGUCCGAGGCAGCUAAGGAGGGCAAGUCCCGGAACACCCCGGUACGCCACAAAGGCGACGCCUUCAAGAAACUUAAGAAGGUGAUCGCUAGGAACAGGUCCCGAGUAUUGGGGAACAAAACCGCGGGAAAUAUGACGGACGUAUACGGUCACAUCGUCCAUGGUGCACCUGACAGGAACGAGCUGGACGACGUGGAAAUAGCCAUCAUCGAGGACUACGACCUAUACGGCGAUAACGACAGUGGCAGGAAUAACUCGGAACGAGAGGAUUACGAAGACUAUGGGGGCAAGGGUGAUCAGGAUAGGCCUAGCAAAGAGCCUGUCCACGUGGACAUCGUCACCAGGUUCCUUCGGAUCAUCGAGAACCAACAUCUUCUGGGUGAAAAUUGCACCGCUGGGACGGAUCUUAAUUUGGGGGAGGGUAUCGUCGACCAGUACGCCCAAGAGAGGUUCAAACUCGAAGCGAAUCUCGCGGUGAACAGGGCAAACAUGCUGACUAGACUGUGGAAGUAUGCGCCGGAAGUGAUGCUUUCCUCGGAGUACCUGCUGCAUGCCAGUAUUUUGUCAAUGGUCGAAUUUGACGAAGACAUCUUCGCUGCUGGGAAUUGUUACGAUAAAUUGCAGUACAGGGAUCAUUGGCUCUAUUGUCCCUUCGCCCAUCGGCUGCAGGACCAGGAUGGGAUCCUGGUGAAGGAUCUGGCGAUCGAGUAUAAGUACCUGACCAACAGCAGCGAGUGGUUCUAUAUUGCUAGGAAGAAUGCUGAAAGAGUGAUAGCGAAUAAUGAUCAAUUCAGUCGGGGUUUCCACACCUACACCUUGAACGAGAGCACGCAUACAGAGAGGGAGGAGGACGAGAUACUGACAGUGAGAUACGAGGAUGGCAGGUGGUCGAAACCCUACUACGAUUGCGGGGGCGGGAAUAUCUGGAUGCUGACCUACACCGUUCCCUUCUUCGGAUACGUAAAUGACACCUACUUCUUCAAAGGAACCAGUGGAAUAGACAUAGAUCUACGUAGAUUAGACAUAGACCAAUGUCCAUUGCCCCCCGGAUCGACGCAGUUGAACAUAUUCGCAGCCAGUGACAAAUGCAAAAAACGAACAACCGAGUGUAUCGCCAUACCGGGAUUGGGCUUUCGCCGUGGGAGCUAUCGCUGCGUCUGCAAACGGGGCUUUUAUUACCCGGACACAAAAUCCACCAGCCGAUACUACAAUGGCACCGUGAUCGAAGAGGAAUACGAGAAAUUGAUGAUGAGCGAGGAGAGCCAGUACGACUUGGACGGCGUCUUCGAGUGUCUUCCCUGUGCAGAGGGCUGCGAGUCCUGCGAGGACGAUUCCCCCUGUGUGGUAUCCUUGAACUGGUUAAUGAGAACAGCCAUUCUGAUUCUGGAAUGCUGUGUCAUUGCCUGUUUGCCGGCUGUCGCCCUUUUCACAUGGAAAUAUGGAAACGUGAAGGUGGUGAGAGCAGCCAGUCCAGUUCUCCUUCGUGUCAUCGUGCUCGGUGCAUUCUUUAUUUAUUGCACGACGAUAGUAAUGUACCCCCGUCCAAACGUUAUAACGUGCACGGUACGAGUAUGGCUGCGAGAAAUUGGAUUCUCCCUCACCUACGGCGCCUUAAUGCUCAAAACUUGGCGCAUAUCGGUGAUAUUUAGGGUGAAAUCGGCCAAGGCGGUGAAAAUAACUGAUGGCAGCCUACUGAAGCGUCUGGGGGUCAUCGUGAUGAUAUUCAGCGUGUUCCUGAGUAUCCGCACCCUGGUCGCACCACCUGUGGUGAUAGUUGCACGAACGGCUGAUGAUCUGAAGGCUUAUCUCUGCCGAACCGACUGGUGGGAUCACAGUUUUACCACACUUGAGGUUAUGUUCCUGAUAUGGGGUAUCAGAUUAUGCAUCGUGGUGAGAAAAACACCGUCAGAGUUUAAUGAAAGCCGUUUCAUCUCGAUGGCGAUUUACAACGAAUUUCUACUGUCAGUCUUCCUCAACGUUUCCAUGUUGUUCUUGCAGUCGCCGGCCAAUCCGGAUUUAUUGUACGUGAUAUUUUUCUGUCACACUCAGCUUACGGUGACGCUGCUGCUGUGCCUCAUAUUUGGCAGCAAGGCCUACGUGGUGUUCCGUAGCGGGGGCAAGGACGACUCGAAGCACUUCGGAGCCACCGGGAAAUUUCUGGGAAAAAGCAGCCGCCCAGCGGGCACUAGCAACCAGACGAACUCGAUAUCACUUCAGCAAGGAAACUUCACCGACGAGAGCGACGGUGCGACGGAAGAGUUUCGACGUUUCAUCAACCAAUUGGAAGUACUGAAAGAGAAGAACGUUCUACUUGGGAACCAUCAUUUGGUGAACAAGCUGGCAGCAAUGCAGGAGGCUGCCAAUCGUGCUGAGACCCAGGUGUCCACCAUCCAGGCGAUCUCUUCAAGUAUGAGACUGAACGAUCUGAACGGAUCCACAGCAAUCGCUGAAACGGAGGUCGGAGAACCUUACAAGAGCGACGAGAAAGGUGGGGAUACCAAAGAGAAGAGGUGCCAGGCAUGUAUAGAGAAGAAUGGGAUCAAGAGCAAGGAUCAAGGAUCCUCUAAGGACGCCGAAGUACUGGUGUCCGUAGAGUCGAAGAAGGCCAGGAGGACCAACGACGUGGCGGUUUCCACUUCUGGUAAAGCGACCACCACAGAGGACAUCGGGACGGAGACGAAGCUCGAUGAGAAGGAGAGCGAUAAAAAAGACAAGAGCAAAAGCAAAUCCGGCCACGCGAGGACACACGCCAUUGUCAUCAACUUGGAUGACAAGAGCAGGUUCUCCGAAGAGGUCACCGUUUAAGAUGAUCAAGUGUGUUCCUGUGAACUGUUUCAAUUAUUGUCUUCUAGGUACAAUUUCAAAAGGUACGAUGAAGUAAAGUGAAAUUUGGGUAAGGAGAAAUUUUGGUUUAGGAGAUUAUGGGGCGGAGAAGUUUAGAUUCGGUUCUUUUCUCAGUGAUUGAAGAAAAACUUAUAUAGCAACUACAGAUCUAAAUAUUCAUGAAUGCAGGUUGUCGAAUUGUAAAAAUACAAAUUUUCUUGAAAGGUUUCGAUCGUUUUGAUCACCUAAGAGGAAAGUUGUGAUAUAAUACUUCCUUGUAUGCAGUAAUUAAUGAAGUAAUUGAUCAAGAAAAAUCUUACAAAGUACAUAAUUCUUUAAAAAAAAAUCAUAUGCCAUUGAUACUGUGGAUUCUUCGCUAAAAAACAAAUCGAAAAGUCCUUUACCAUUUUUCAAUCCGUGAUUUAGUUUUUGAGAUGCAAGCAAUUGAAAAUUGGACGUCCAUAUUGGCCGCCAUAUUAAAACAUGGCUGCCGUAUUCAAAAUGGCCUCUACAUUCAAGAUAACCGUCAAACUUCAAUUGUUCAUAUGUCAGCAACUAAGCCACGAAUUGAAAAAUGGUAAAGAACUUUUUCGUUUGUUUUUUCAUGAAGAAUCUACAGCAUUUGUGGCAUAAAACUUUCUUGAAACGCUCAGUAUACGUAGCACAAGAUAUUUCAGCAGAGAGAGAUAGAAUAUAAAAUCUCUUGAAACAUGAUUUUGCUUUUCAACGUAUUGAAACGAAGAAAAGCUAAAGCGACGAAUAGCGUAUCUUAGACGUCUGUUGUAUAAAAAUUUUCAAUUUUUCAACUGAUAAACGAAGACUUAAGGAACAUUCGGUAGAGAAAUGAGCCGAAAUCUAUAGUGUGAAGAAAAACACGAUUUCGAAGGUGGAAAGAAACUUGCAAAGUCUAUUCAGAUGCACCAUUCUCAUAAAUAUGCAUCACUGAUACCGUCCCAGAUAGAAUAGGCUUCUCUUGUUUUCAUUAAAACUUCUCUGGUCUAUGGUAACUUUUCCAGUCAUGAAUAAAUAUUGACAGGAAAAGUUUGCUAUCGAUUCGAAAUCAAUUGUUAGCCGCUGAAUUCGAUCAUGAAUAAAUGUUCACAACAAAUUUCACAGAUGUCUGCAAGGAGUAUUAAAAUUUUCAAUUUUUCCACGGUAUUUUUAAUCCGUUAAUUAAAAACUUUUCAAUUUCGCAUUGGACCACGUCCACUUAACUUCACAGGCUCACAAACUUUUUUCUCAUCGUCCGAACGUUACCUAAUUUAAAAUUAAUCUCGUUCCAUGUCGAUUUAGCAAUUUCACAAUAUUUUCAUCUACCACUUCGAGGUCGAAGUUUUAUCUGGGACACACUCGUUCAUCAGCUACGAAAGUGAUCGGUCGAACCUCGCGAAGCUUUCUGUAAAUAUUGCCGUUAGAUGCUUAUUCGAAGUCUUCUGCCGUAUAUUGUUAAGUCGAUUUUGUAAAAAAAAAAAAAAAAAAAGACACUAAACGACGAUCUAUAGAUCGAGUGAGUAGAGGGGCGCCAUCUGUCUCUCUAUCUUUUUCUCUCAUAUCAAUCCACCUGUUGUAAAUAUACGUUUGUAAAUAAAUGCGUCAUGCGAAUUUGCCAUUAGACCGUAACGAUCGGUUUUAUUGUUAAGAUCGUGCGUUAGGUGAUCUCACGGACAUUUUUAGGUUAUAAUUCACAUGUGAUGACACGUUUCGUCGCAUGGCGUUGAUGGACGGAGAUGUUGGGAGGUCAGAGCAUUGGGGGGGGGUAUCGAUCUGAAUAAAAUUACUUAUUAAAAUUAAUUUUUAAUUGUUACAAUUGUACUGCAAAAGUAAUAAGAUAUCGAGUAAAUGGAUAUUUAAUUUUUCAGCUGGGUAUUGUUGCUGAUGGCAGGGAAUAAGGCUAACGCUUUAUAGUAUUGUAUUGUUUUCACAUUGCCGUUCAUUAACGCCACACUAUACGAAAUUCCUCUUAUCACGUAAAUUUAAUUAUGCAUAUCGGUCUAUCGCCUCGAUCUUCUGGGAGAUGGUUAGCUUCUGUGAUCCACGAAAAUUGAUUUGACCCUCUUCGAUGAAUUAACCUCAAAUAAAUCGUUCAUGGGAAAUUGAAAAACAAAACGAGAAAUAAUUUUAUUCGCCACUCAAGAUUAUUUCAAUUCUCAUCCUUUAACGAAACGAAGAAGUCUAAAAAUGUAUAGAAUACAUACAUACAUGUUGUUGUCAUACGAUCCGUCGUCGGAUAAGUUCCAUUUUAGGGUAACGUUGAUUUUAAGAGAAUCGAUUUUAUGUGACACUAACCUUGUCUGUAACUGACAAGCGUGUCAGUGAAUAAAUACGUGAAUAAAUAAAUAAACGAAGAAAAA